AUGGAUCCAAGGUCUGACGAUGCUCCAUCAGGAACAAGCGCAACCCAUGUCAGGCUAAGGAUUAAGGAGGAGGUUAGUCAUCAUAUUUAUCACUCAGCCCGGGACAUUGUCAAGACUGCCUUACACGAUAGAGGACAGCGACCUAACCUGCCAAAAGUUGAUGCGCUGAAGCGUACAGCUAACAGACAUCGGGAACAGAUGCGACCGCCAAAUCCAAAGGACCUUGGGUUCACCAUCAACCAUGAGUACCUAGAAGCCCAGGAUUUCAUCGUCACUGCUUGGGGCGCAAUCAGGGACGUUUUCCCGGGGUUGCAGAUCAAGGGAUGCACGUUCCACUGGGCACAGUCUGUGUGGCGUCACGUACAAACUAUUGGGCUAGGUCCAGCAUACUUGGAGCGCAGGUCUGUCUGGGAUUGGAUCCGUAAACUCCUUGUUCUACCGUUCCUGCCAAGCAAUCAUAUCGCAACAACGUUUAACAGUCUAGCAGCGCGUGCUACCAAUGACCAACAAAAGGAGCUUGUCCAUUACAUCAGACAACAGUGGAUAGAGUCCGAGUUAUUUCCCAUUGAGAGCUGGUGUGUCUUCAGGUACAGGAUCCACACAAACAAUGAUGUUGAAGGUUGGCACAACCGUCUAAACAGUGAUUGUGGGUACCGGUCACUAUCCUUCUACCGAAUGGUGCCAGCUCUGCGGAAACAGGCCCUUGAUGCCGAGAUCGACAUCGAUGAACUACUUGACCAUGGUGUUGGAAGACAACAGCGUCGCCAAACUAGACAUUGUGAGGAAGAAAUAUUCAAGCUUUGGGAUCAGUAUGAAAAAAAGGAACUGAGUGCAACCAAAUUCCUUCAAGGAAUCAGCCAUGUUUAUGGACCAGCCGGGUAUAUGGCUAAGUGAAAAAUAUAUAUGACUGUAAAUAUCUAAGGCGUGAAGUGCAUGAUUGCUGAUUAGACACCCAUAUAAUUUACUAGGAUAUUAUCUUUUAAAUUUGUGUAUUCUGAUAUGCAUUUAAGAAAGCGAACACUUCAGAUAAAUUAAGAAACAUAUAUUUGUUAGGACUGUGUAUUUUGUGAUAUCUUGGCUAAAUAUGACUAUGAGUAAUAUGAGUAAAAUUUCUAAGAUGUGAAGUGCAUGAUUGAUUAUUACAUAUACAUAUAAGUACAUUUUUAUAUGUUAAUUUGUUACAGUGUUACAUGAGAAUGAAAUGAUAAAUUAUGAAAAUUAUUAAAAAAAGUGAUAUAUCUUUGAAUUUGUUCUUUUCCUUCUUUAAGUUUUUUCCAUGUAUACUUUAAUAAAACAAUACAGGCAUGUGAUAUGUGGGAAUUAACUAAUUGCUAGACAUAAUAGCAUCUCUGGAAUGUGACAUUACUAUCAAACAGUGACACUUGCUUGAAUUGGAAUUUCACAGGAAUGUGAAAGAUAAUAUUAACAUGUAAUUUAAGACAAUAUAUUUUUUUAGAAUUAAUUCUUCUGUUUUGGACAAUAUAUAUCAUAAAGCAAUGAGAU